AUGAAGGUGACUUCCAUAGCCUGCCGGCUGCUGCAUAAGCUGCUCAGGAAGGAACAUGCCCGCUGCCUGCUCCUGGACUGCAGACCCUACCUGCCCUACUCUACCUCCAAUGUCAGGGGAUCCCUCAAUGUCAACCUCAACUCAGUGCUCCUCCGCAGGGCUCGGGGGGGGACAGUCCCUCUGCAUUUCGUGGUGCCAGAUGAGGGAGUCCGGGGACGGCUGCUGGGUGGCCAGAUCUCAGUGAUUGUAAUCCUGGAUGAGAGAACACAGAGGUGUCAGAAACUGAAGAAGGACAGCACAGCUCAGAUUGCCCUAAAUACCCUGGGCAGCCUGUCUUCUGGACCCAAGAUAUGCUUCCUAAAGGGUAAGUAGGGGGAGUACAGGGCACCCACUAAUACAAUGAGGAUUAAAAUGCCGAAUUGUUUGGGUCAGAUAUGUAUUUACUUCAAUAUUUGAAAACAAAUAUUUUUCUAAAAAAAAAGCCAGUUUCUCAAGGCUUAUUCAUAGAUUGGUGAAUUUGGUAAUCCCAACUCAUGUUGAAUCCUGACAUACAGUGAGAUUUCACCAAGUCCUUUUUAUUGACAGCCUUACGUGACCAGCUGCUGACCUCGUAUUUAUAGCUCCACGAAGUUUAAACGUAUUUACUUAAACUAGGAGUCUGAUUGUAAAGUGGCAAAGCUGGUGCUGUAGUAAAUCUAUUUCCCCUCAAUGUGGAGGGAAUUGAAGGAAGUGACAGUUAUUUGCCAUUUCCUAUUAUCCCCUUUGCCUUCUCUUUAAACAAUGGGUCUGGCACUAAGCUAAUUAUUGGGGUAAUAAUGGCAUUCUAUUCUAUGAGCUCCAUUUCUAUUUAUGUUAUGACUACAAUUGUACAAGCUUUGAAUAGCUAAACCCCUCAAGCUUUGUAACUGGGCAUGUUACAUUGUUUUACAUGUGUUAUUCCCCAGGAGUUAAAGGGGACACUAAAGACAUUAAACCCCCCUGCGGGGCAUCUUCUAUGUUGGAUGAGGGCUGUUAAAGAAGGUUAUUUGCAGGUCAAAUUGUGUCUGUUUUAGCUCUCUCAUCACUUCUUUAUAUGCAAAUGUUCCCAUGUGUAUAGUAAAUGUCCUAAAUCGGGGGCUGGGUGUUAAGUGGAACAGUAGUAAAGUGGUUUUGAGAUUGAUUUGACCCCUUGCCCUAACUGCAAGGACACCUGGAUUGUGCUUGGAGGAUUUAUAAUGUAUCCAUUUGAUUCAUGGGUUGGACUCGUCCAUUCUUCUAGAAAGUUAAAUGUAUUGCUUUUUGUCAGAUCCAUUCUUUCCGUCGGUUUAGGUUUAUUAUCAAAUCUUUCCCUCUUUGUCAUAGUCUAAUCGCUGUUUACAUUAUGAAGCCACUAUUUCCGUGGCCUUGUAUAGAAAUGUUUUAUCAUAUUUGUUGACAUUAGCUUUUUUUAUUUAUUUUAUUUAACCCUAAUUAUCUUUAUUUAUUAUCCUGUAAAUAAUUAAAUUUUCUUUUCCAUGGGGUUCUCUGCAAAUGGCUCAUUUUUGUUGUACUACCACGAUACUGAAUUAACAAUUACAAUAUCCUGUUGCACAGUUGUGAGGUUUAGGUCGAUGCUCUAUAUGAAUGUAGGAAACAAAAAUUAAUAUAUGUAUAUUCUCUAUAUCGCUUGUCACUACGGCUAUCUGCACCUAGCUGAUGUAUAUGCUCAGAGUAUCGUUGUCUUGCUCGUUUAGCUAAUUAUUUGGUUUUUUUUUUCCUCCUUUACACGGCGAUGAGGUUUGGCUGUGCAAGUAAUGGAUAAUUAUCCCCCCACCCCACUUUUUGUCCUGUUACCUUCCUGGCCCCCCUCCCCAAUACAGGAAGAGACCUAUUAUCCAUGAGAAUUGUAAAUUCCCAUUUAGUUGCCUUUUCUAACCUAACCUGAUAUCCCCAGAGCCCUAAUUACAUCACAACAUAUGGAGCAAUAAUCUGAUCUGGGGAUAAAUCGGCACCUACAGGAAAUGAUCCAUGGAUACACCAUGGGGCACACCAUAGAGGAUUCCUCAAUGAUCUUCUAAAUGUCUUGGACGGGGUAUCCCAACACCCAGUCCUUCUAGAUAUUCAUUAUCUCACUGAAUGUUAAAUAAUCUAUUGCAUAACUGUCCUGUUGCUGAGGGACAGGAUAUGUUGACACGAAAGGGUCACCAAUCCUGUAAUUAAUUACUGUAUCUCAUUAAGAGAACUCGUACAAGGACUGAAUGUACUUUACCACAAUAUGAUUUGUUUUAUGAUAAAAUGGAAUUUUAGAUUACAAUAAACUAAUAUAUACAUUUUUUUAUUUUUUUUUUUUCUAGGAGGAUAUGAGUCAUUUUAUUCUGAAUACCCAGAAUUUUGCGUUGAUCAGAAAAGAUUGACUGCAGAGGAAAAUGAAACCGAGCAAAACCUCAUCCUCUGUGAAAAGCGGACUUCCUUCCACAAGCCAUCAUAUGAUCAGGUAUGUUACUGGGAUAUACAAUGUCUAAAUGUUCCUCACUGCUUGUAGGUCAGUCAUAUGUAAAUAUGUUUAUCCACGGCCAGCAGCUGACUGAACCACAAUAUAACCAUUUAUACCUUGUGAUUCUUUUUAAAUGUUUGAGUUUUGCAUUUUGUUACAAUAAACUGCCUGUGUUUUUAUUUGUCCACAUGAGAUUCUGUGAGAGCUGCUGUUGGCAUUUUUUUGCAGUGUCUCAUUGGCCUGAAUUUGGUGCUAGAUUUAUAGCUGAAAAGCUACUUUGUGAUAGAAUUUGAAGAAUUGUCACAUCUUGUACAAAGGGAUUUUACUAUUGUGGAGGAUUUUAGUAAAGAAGCAUUAAUUUAACUACUUCAGAACCAACCACCUACUAGCACUGAGAAUGUGAUGAUUGCUUAACCCUGGCCUUAAAGUGUUAAUAAUGCUAGUUUCCUUUGAUAGGAUCUGAGGAAUUUUUUUCAGUAAGUGUCCCUUAAAGCAAGCUUUAGAAAACUGCUACUUUAACUUUUAUUUUUUACCUUUUGAAAUAAAAAAAAAAAAUAAAAAAAAAAACCCACAAAGUUAAAACCUAGUAAAAUGAACCUGUUACUCUCCCAGUACAGAGAGUCAAUUGUCUUGUUGAUUUCCUUUUUGACCCAUUAGUAAAUCAUCAUUCAUGCAAUGAGUAGACCUGUUUCCGGGAUCAAUAGUUAUUGCUCUUAGCCAUUCAUGAUGUGCUGCUGUGUCAGACUGACCUUGGUGGGGAGAUGCUUCAGAAUCUGUUUCAUGUGUGACUCAUCCCUUGUCAGAGCACUGUGUGAAUAUAUCUUAUAGCUAUCCCUUGUUAGAGCACUGUGUGUGUGUAUAUACCUUAUAGCUAUCCAUUGUUAGAGCUCAGUGUAUGUAAAGAUGCCUUGACAUCAGUCCCUGGUUGGAGCUCUGUGUGUUUAUAAGCCCUGGAGCCAUAGGAAUAUAAUCUCUAGGCUUACAGUACAAUAUCCAUUCUAUCUACCUCUUGGUCUGUUAUAUGCUUACCCCCACCCCCAACAUAAAAUACUACUUUAAUGGCAGUAUGUAAAAUACAAAUACCUUUUCCCCCUUAUAACUGAAUUAUUAAACCACAGUAGUGACUUCUAUAAUUCAUAGCCCCGGCAGUAAUAUAACAGUUUGGGAGGCAGUUGGUUAAUUCCUAGUUAGUGUUGGCCGUUUCUCUAGGAUUAUGAGAUUAUCUUUGCAGGGCUAAAGGAAUCUUGUUUUACUGGGGAAUAUUCUCUCUUAAUUCUGGUUACCCUUUAUGUUCUGGAAGAAGGGUCUAUUUAUUAGGAACUAUAAUUGUUAAACGUUUGGAGGGGGUUUGUUGUUGGGUGUUCUACAGAUGGGUGUUUUCUUUUUGGUUUUUUUUUCUUUUUUUUUAUAUCUAUCUAUCUCUCCUAAACAAGGCCAUGUGUACUCAAUUGUUUUGAGAAUAAAACAACUUCCCCCUCAUAUCGGACAGUUUGAGUGUUGUGGGAGUUGCAUUGAAUGGUCAGGGAACAGGCUAAAUCUGGCACUCCAGCAGAACAAAAUGUUUAAAUCUGUAGAGUGAAAUUGUAUAAAAUGGAGCAAACUCUAUAUAAUGAAACCUCUAUUUUCAUCCUUUUCCAAAAAAAAUGCUUGAUGGCAAUAUAUUCCAAUAACGCAUGGGAUACAGUAUGUAGACUUGCACAGUGAUAGUUGGAUAGAAUUGAAGGGAUUAAAGCCAUCUACUGCAAAAAUACCCUAAGGUGACCCGAUGGUUUGGGUCUGUCCAAGAAGUGAUCAUGUAGUCACCAGUGGGUGGGUUGGUAAAGACUUGCCUCAUAUGUGGGGGACUGCUGAGUCACCGGCUUAUAAUUCUAGGUUUCAAAUGCAAAGAAAACAAACCAGAAAAAAAACAACCUUAUUUGGUUUUAUUUUUGAUAAUGAGUGACGCAUCCUAGUUACUAUUGGACAACAUUAUCUGGAAACGGGAUAAAGCAAGAGGGGCUUACUUGUAUGUGGUUUAUUUGCUAAACACAAUUGAAUUCUUCCAAAUCUGCUAUUAACAACAUUUUGAAACUGUAUUCCCCUCUUACUCCAAAGUGCUGUUAAAUGUAUUGGUAAUUCACCUCAGUUGAGAUCAUUUUUGAUUUUAUAUCCUACAUAUCUAAUAUACAUAUUUUAUUAUUUUUCCUUCUAGGGCAGCCCAGUCGAGAUUCUUCCAUUCCUUUACCUAGGCAGUGCCCAUCACGCUUCCACAUGUGACUUCCUGUCUGACCUUCAUAUCACUGCCUUACUGAAUGUCUCCAGGAAAAGCACAGACUCUUACAAAGAUCAGUACAUUUAUAAAUGGAUCCCGGUGGAUGACAACCACACAGCAGACAUUAGCAGACACUUUCAGGAGGCCAUAGAAUUUAUUGGUAAGAUUCAUUCUCAAUGGACCUUCUAUGGUGACUUAAUGCCAUGUCUUAUGACUGUAUCAUUGGCAUUUUGACCCCACUUAGAUCCUUAAAAUAAUGGCACAUUAAACAAAAUACUUGCGGGAAUGUCUGUUUUUGUUUAUGUAGUAAAUAUACAAACAUGGAUGAUACAAAUCAUAAACACGGUUUCAAAUAAAUAUUUUUAGAAAAAGAUGUUUAAAGCACACUUGGUAAGGACCCCCACUGUGCUUACACUCCAAAGGUGACAACGCUUGAACUUCACAAAUGCCCUUUCCAGUUGUGCCCAAUUUCACUCACUUGCUUUAUUUUUUAUUUUAUAUUUAUCAGUAUUUCUGAGAUGAAUCCUAUUUCUAUUUUUUUUAAAGAAAAUUUAGCUGUUAAAAUUAAUUCUCUGUAGUGUGGGUUUUUUUGUUUUUGUUUUUUUCUUUCUACCUUACAAUUCUCACAGUAAGGGUCCAUGUUUAAGGUUGAUGGUGGGUGGGAGGCCACAACAUGUUUUUACGACAUUGUAAAAUACAAUCUGACAUCUGCAGAGAGACUAAAACCAGAAAAGGGAAUAAUUAAUUUAAUGGGCAUGUUCAUAAGCAGGUAAUUCUGCCCAUAUUGACCCUUAGAGCAUGUAUUUAGAAGAUAAAAUAAACCGCACAGUCUGUAAUUACAGCUGCCCCUCCCUGUAAAUAGCCUUCUUGUCUGUAGUAGCCAUUAAUUCCAGCAAGCUUUCCUCUUGUAACAAUAGACUGUACUUCCCCAUAAACUUGGCUAAUGGACAUAUGAUUACUGUGGUAUGUAGAUGUCCAACAACCCAAAACCACUUUCAUGUACCUUCUCAGACAUGCUACCAUGGUAACUCAAUCUCUUGUUGGCUUUUAACUACUUGACUUUAACAUGUUAGAGAAAGCAUUUUAGGAUAUAAAUUUAAAAAAGUAACCGAUUUGUUAAACCCCAAAGAAUGUCUUCCAAGCUUUAUUCAGUAUAUGGGUUUCAAGUCUGUCAAAAGUGCCUUUCAAGUCCCUCUUUAAGUGAGAUAUUCUUUGUCUGCCAUACUAAAAUCUCUCAUUGAUGUUCUGUCUUUUUUUUUUUUUUUUUGGCUAGUCUGUACUUGACAUGCUUCAUUUAACAUUCUUCUGUUUUUUGUUUUUUUUAAACAGACACUGUGAGACGUGCUGGAGGAAGGGUCCUUGUUCACUGUGAGGCUGGCAUCUCCAGGUCCCCAACCAUCUGCAUUGCUUACCUUAUGAAGACCAAAAGAUUCCGUCUGGAAGAAGCCUUUGAUUAUAUCAAACAGCGACGGAGCCUCAUCUCACCCAACUUCAGUUUCAUGGGCCAGUUACUCCACUAUGAAUCUGAGGUCUUCUCUUCCAUGCAAAGUGCCCCUGUAGUGUCCUGCAAGAGAGACUCUUUGUCCUUCUUCAGUGAAGAAAUGAACAUUGGUAAUACUUUUGAGAACUCUUGCUUCAGUUUUCCAAGCUCCGUUUUGAACACUGUCCCUCUCAUGUCACCUGUCCACCAAUUAAAACUCAGCCCCAUCACAGCGACGUCAUCAUGCUGA